UCGGAAAGAAAAUGAACACGGCCGUAAAGAUUUCAAGUUCACAUGGGGAUUGUCAUACAUGUGAGUAAAAUUGGCCCCCAAGCCCUUUUUUCGACAAAGGACAGAAACGAAAAAAGUCCCUUCCAACACACAUAUCUCAAAUGUGGGGCAACAACAUCCCGGUCCCCGGCGGUCUGAAUACUCUUUCCGACAAAUACAACACCCAAGAUCAAGAACAAAUGCUUCGCGCCGCCGCCAUAAAAGGCAAGAACCUCCACAUCGGCAUCGUAGGAGCAGGUUUUUCUGGCCUUCGCGCCGCCGAUAUCCUCCUUUGCCACGGCCACCGCGUGACAAUCCUCGAAGCACGUAAUCGAGUAGGCGGCCGUGUAGGGCAAUCCUCUUAUCUCGGGCAUACUGUAGACCUAGGACCGAAUUGGAUACAUGGAACAGAUGAUAAUCCGAUUUUCGACAUUGCCAAGAAGACGAAUACACAAUUGCAUUACUGGGAUGAGAAGCAGAGGAUUUUGGGCACUGAGGGGCAAGGGGUGAGUAAAGAGGAGGCGGAGGAGUAUGGCAGGAUUAUCUGGGAAGAUGGAUUGAUAUCAAAGGCUUUCGCGUACAGCAGAGAAAACACUGCUUCCAUCCCUGCAGAAAAAUCUCUGAUGGAUUUCUUUGCCGAAAAAGCAGAGGGUUUAUUUACAGAGCUGGAGCAAGAAGAGGCAGAGAGGAAGAGAAGGACGCUUUUGCAGAUUUGCGAUUUUUGGGGUAGUUAUGUGGGAAGUGCGACGGAUAGGCAGAGUUUGAAGUUUUUCUGGUUGGAGGAGUGUAUUGAGGGUGAAAAUCCUUUUGUGGCAGGAACGUAUACGAAGAUUCUGGAGCAUGUGGCUAGGCCUGCUCUUGAGGGGGCUGAGGUCAAGUAUGAGGGUAAAGUCACAGCGAUCCAGGGAAGGAAGAGCGAGGAUGAAAAGGUCAAGGUGACGGUGAAUGGAGGAGAAAGGUAUGAGUUUGAUGAAGUCGUCAUGACGGCACCUUUGGGUUGGUUGAAGAGGAACAAGGAUGUCUUUGUCAAUGGCUUGACUCCUAGACUGGAGAAGGCCAUCAAUUCUAUCGGCUAUGGUGCUUUAGAUAAAAUCUACAUCACCUUCCCAUCAGCCUUCUGGGAAGAUUCCACCUCAGAACCCCAAGGCACUUCUUCCCUCCCAACAGCAAACACCUCAAUCCCAAACGUAACGGCCACAACAACACCACUACAUCAAACCUCCACUCCAUCAACAACAUCAAAUUAUCCAGGCUUCACCCACUGGCUGCGUCCAAAUUACUCGACCUCCACAAACCCCGAAAAAUGGGACCAACAAGCCAUGAACCUCGCCGCCCUACCUUCACCUUCAGGCCACCCAUCCCUCCUCUUCUACAUCUACGGCUCCUGCUCCACUCAUAUAGCCUCCUUCGCCUCCCUCCCCCAACCAUCUCGCGAUGAGUCGCUUCUCGCCUUCCUCCACCCCUACAUCUCCCUCCUCCCAAAUUAUUCACCCACUUCUCCUGCUUGUAAACCUUCUGCCGUAUUGGCUACAGCAUGGGCAGGUGACGAGCUUGCCGGCUACGGCAGUUAUGCAAAUUUCCAAGUUGGAUUGGAGAAUGGAGACGAGGAUAUUGAGGUUAUGAGGAAGGGGAUGCCGGAGCAGGGGAUUUGGAUUGCAGGUGAGCAUACUGCGCCGUUUGUUGCGUUGGGGACGGCGACGGGUGCUUAUUGGAGUGGUGAGAAGGUUGCGUUGAGGAUCUUGGGAAAGGGUGCUGUUGAUAUUGGGAAGGACGGAAAGAGCGAGGAGCACAAGGAAGCUGAGAAGUGAAGCCUGAUUUCUGGAAUAGAUAUUCUCAUGUCGCUUGGAAAGAGUCUCGGAGAAUUAUUCUGCAGACAUGGUCUCGAUCUGGCUAUCACUUUGUUGUUUCAGGAGUUCCGCUGCAAGAGUAAGGACACAGCACUUCCAACAGA